GCCGGAGCCUUCUCGGAGCGGCCUCCGAGGCCUGGCCGCCACCCUUGGGGCCUGGUCCCAGGCCGCCGAUUCCCGACGGCCUCGCUGGGAGCUUAUAUCCCGUCUCAGAUUCGUCCAAAGGUCGCCCAAGCUCCCGCAGGUCCUUUGUUCGCCCGCGUCGUCUCCCUCUGGCUGGGCCGCGGCCGCUCUGGUGGGCGUCACUGGCCUCUUGGGGAGGGAGACUGCGGCGUGAGCGCCCGAGUUGCCCCCGGCUGAUCCUUCUGCUUUAGGACCUGGCCCUGGGGAAAACAGACUAAUAAACCCUCGGACGAUCUCGGCCUAUAACAUUCACGUGAAUGGAGUCCUGCAUUGCCGGGUGCGCUACAGCCAGCUUCUGGGCCUGCACGAGCAGCUUCGGAAGGAGUAUGGGGCCAAUGUUCUUCCUGCAUUUCCCCCAAAGAAGCUUUUCUCUCUGACACCUGCUGAGGUAGAACAGAGGAGAGAGCAGUUAGAGAAGUACAUGCAAGCUGUUCGGCAAGACCCGCUGCUUGGGAGCAGUGAGACCUUCAAUAGCUUCCUGCGUCGGGCACAACAGGAGACACAGCAGGUCCCCACCGAGGAGGUUUCCUUGGAAGUGCUGCUCAGCAAUGGGCAGAAAGUUCUGGUCAAUGUGCUAACUUCAGAUCAGACUGAAGAUGUCCUAGAGGCUGUGGCUGCAAAGCUGGAUCUUCCAGAUGACUUGAUCGGAUACUUUAGUCUCUUUCUAGUUCGAGAAAAAGAGGAUGGAACCUUUUCUUUUGUACGGAAGUUGCAAGAGUUUGAGCUGCCUUAUGUAUCUGUUACCAGUCUUCGGAGUCAAGAGUAUAAGAUUGUGCUAAGGAAGAGUUAUUGGGACUCUGCCUAUGAUGACGAUGUCAUGGAGAACCGGGUUGGCCUGAACCUGCUUUAUGCUCAGACAGUAUCAGACAUUGAGCGUGGGUGGAUUCUGGUCACCAAGGAGCAGCACCGGCAGCUCAAAUCUCUGCAAGAGAAGGUCUCCAAGAAGGAGUUCCUGCGGCUGGCACAGACACUGCGGCACUAUGGCUACUUGCGCUUUGAUGCCUGUGUGGCUGACUUCCCAGAGAAGGACUGUCCCGUGGUGGUGAGCGCAGGCAACAGUGAGCUCAGCCUCCAGCUCCGCCUGCCCGGCCAGCAGCUCCGCGAAGGCUCCUUCCGGGUCACCCGCAUGCGGUGCUGGCGGGUCACCUCCUCUGUGCCACUGCCCAGUGGAGGCACAAGCAGCCCAGGCCGGGGCCGGGGUGAGGUGCACCUGGAACUGGCUUUUGAAUACCUCAUGAGCAAGGACCGGCUACAGUGGGUCACCAUCACCAGCCCCCAGGCUAUCAUGAUGAGUAUCUGCUUGCAGUCCAUGGUAGAUGAACUGAUGGUGAAGAAAUCUGGUGGCAGCAUCAGGAAGAUGCUGCGCCGGCGAGUGGGGGGCACCCUGAGACGCUCAGACAGCCAGCAAGCAGUGAAGUCCCCACCCCUGCUUGAGUCACCCGAUGCCAGCCGGGAGUCCACGGUCAAACUCUCAAGCAAGCUGAGUGCCGUGAGCUUGCGGGGGAUUGGCAGUCCCAGCACAGAUGCCAGUGCCAGUGACGUCCACGGCAAUUUUGCCUUCGAGGGCAUUGGAGAUGAGGAUCUGUGAUCUCCAGUGCUCAGAUGUCUGCCCUCUACCCCAGAGGAAUGUUCAGAAACUUGCCCUGUGCCUCUAUCCCCCAAGCCAGGGGGGUUUUUUUCCUUCCUUCCUUCCUUCCUUCCUUCCCCUUUCUUCUCUUGGCCAGGGGCUUCCUAACCCACCUUCCCUUCCACCCCCUGGGCUGGCUGCACAAAGGAUUGUUCUCUCUUUUCAGAGCUGGCCCUCAAUGCCAAAUUAGCAUUUAGUAUUUUGCACAAAGUCCAAGGGACCAUGGCUACCUGCCUUGGGGAGGAAACACAGCUUCCCCUGCGGCUGCUUCUGGCUUCUCGGGGCCAUGGGCCAAGGGGAUGGGCAGAGGUCUGUGUAUGGUCUGGCCCAGCUCCCCGUCAUUAAACUCAGCCUGAUUGCUGCCUA